UUUCUUCUCAAAAAACAAAAAGCCUCAUCCCUUUUUUUUGCAUCUCCAUUGCAAUGUCCUCAAGUAAAUUACCUGUUGAAAUUUUAGAAAAAAUAUUUCGAAAUGUCAAAAGUCAAGACGAAGACCAACUCAUUCAUUGCACAUUGGUCUGCAAAUCUUGGCACGAACCAGCUCUUAGACUCUAUUAUGAAACUCUUAUAUUAUCAGGCGAUCCACGCAAACUACUUUUUCGACUUUCAAACCAACCUCAGGGAAAAAAUCUUGGUGAUUGGGUCAAGCAGCUCUCAGCUGUCUGUGACCUUGAACAUCUCAGCCAACACGGAUACUUUCAAUUGUUGUCGUAUUUACCGCAUUUGAACGUGAUUAAUGUAGAGCAGAGUUUUAGCAAAAGUUUCCAUCUGACUUGGUUGUUGAAUCGAAACGAUGAUUCAUGCGUCAAGAACUUGCAUACAAUCGUUGCAGGGGCUAAUGGCAUGACCCAAUAUGAAUAUAGAAUUUAUUUCGCUUGUGCCUAUAGCUUUCGUCUAUCACUAAGAUACCUAGAACUAGUCUAUGUAGGUGGUACCAUAAAUAAUAUGGGCGGGCUAUCGGGAACACAUGUAUCGUUUUUAAAAGACUUUAAAUAUCUUACCAAACUUUCCGUAAGCAAUCUCUCUUUUAAAAGAGGUGAUCGAACUCUCAAAAUGCUUUCUAUCCUUCAAUACUGCCCCAGACUUACCAGUCUUUCGUUUGUGAGCGAUUAUUUUGACCCUCAAGAACAAGUACCAAGUCUAAAUCCUGGGUUUCGCUUAGCACUGAAAGAUGUGAGUCUUUGCAUUCCGAAUUUAAGCAGGUCUCAAAUCAAUUAUAUUGCAUCAAAUUUUCCUGCCUUGGAUAAAUUUGAUGUGGUCUUAACUAACACUGAAACAGAUGAAUGGUUAGAAACCAAUGGAGAAGCAUGUAUCCAGCUAUUAGGAGAAUACUUGGGUAGUGUCAGGGAGGUCUGUUUUAAUAUCUCGCGUUUUAUGCCUAAUCGAUACCCACCCUUAUCUAUACUUACCUCACAAACUCUUUCUAAUUAUUGGCCAUUUAUCUUUGCAAUGAUUGGACACCACAGACAACUCAGCUGUCACAUAUCCGUUCGGCUGGACGAAAGGUCGAGUUAUAAAUGCAGUAAUGCUAACAAUCUCUUAAUUAAAAGAAAUGACAGGAGUAUGUACCUUACGUAUAUUUUGGACACAACAGACCUUAUUUCGCAGCAUUAUUUUGAAAUCCCUAAUUCAAUACAAUCACUUAUACCUUUACCGUCAGAGAACAGUUCAUUGGGUAACCAACAUAUUAUAUCGGUGGAAGUGGCUGUGGGUACACCUGACGGUUUAUCCUUUGUCAUGCCUAUCUCAAAGUGUUUUCGAUUACUUCGAUCCAUUAUAAAAGAAUACUCACGCUUGAAUUUGAUCAUGUUCUCCACAUACACUCCCCACCACGAAAUGUACAACUUAAAAUUUGGAUCCAGUAUAAGAGAUUGCCUAUUAAGCACAAAACAGGGGCAUGAAUUUUUCAAGAUGGAUCCUCAAAGAUAUAAAGCCGUAACAACUCCUACUGUAGAGAAUCUAACACAUGUGCUCUUAAAAAGUACGACGUUAGAACAGUUUGAUUUUCAUGUCAUGGCAAAUCUACUUGAAUAUAUCCACUAUUUAAAAAUUGUAGAUUGUCAUAUCUCAACUGAUGAAAAUGGUAACACGACUGUGGAUUUGAGCUAUAUGAAAAGCCUAAAGCAACUAGUUUUUGACGUUGGAUUUUUGAAACAUGACCGAUGCAGUCAAAUAAAUAUUCAAGUGGAAUACCUGAAAGAAAAUUUUGUAAAGUCAUUCAAAUGGAGAAGGGCGUUUAUUCGUGGGAAAGAAUCGGAAUUUUCAGAAUCUACAUCAGCACGUUAUCAUAUCCACAAAUGGUUACAUGCUACUAAAAACUCAAACACAAGUCUUCUUUUUAUAAAGUGUUAUAACAUUGACCAAAUCGAUAUUUGUUUACACAAAGAUCAUGUCGCUGCUACCUUUCUUCACCCGAAACUAUCCAUGUAAACCAAUUGUAAUAAACGAUAGAUUAAUUGAAACUUUAUUUGUUUAAUCGACUGUUAAGACAAUUU